AUGACGCACGAUGACCGUUCCGUUUCACGGACGGCGUGCCCAGACUCCUCUUGCCUUGAUCCUCACAGCUCGCUCAACGUCGUCCGUUGUCCGCUCGAGGUGGACGGUCUGCGGUUCGACGGCCGGGGUGGCCGUGGUCUCGCCGAAAGAGGUAUCGUAGCGGUCUCGAGGAGGCGCCGGCCUCGCGGAUCGAGGUAUCAGCCCGGCUCGUAUCACCGUUCCACCAAGAUUUCUGUUCCACAAUUUGCGCACUCGCCCCACAAGAGCGGCUCGCUAUCGAAACAGCGCAGUCGUUACUUUUGUACCACGUCGUCUGACCCAACCAACUACCUUCUUCUUUCUUCAUCACCUCCACCCUCGACCUCUACUUUCUCCCUCGUCAUUCUACCAUCCAACACGUGUCGUCAACAGGCCGUCCUUUGAAAGUCGAGAUCAUCGUCGACCCCAACCGAGUUCCUCCUCAACCGCUCACGAGCCGUCUUGGUGCCGCCCCUGCUGCCCCGCCUAAAGCCCGUGCCGCUUCCUCGUCAGUUUUUGCGCCGUCCUUCGUGAUCUCUUCCCCGUUUUGAAGCCAUUUGUUGAUAUGGCGCAUGUCCGCUGGCUUCAUUCGCGCUUGCGUCUCGCAAACAGAACCGUCGCCGCCGCCUCGGGAGCUUCCGGUGCCGCUCGUCAACAAACCCGCGCGACCGGUGGUCGAGGACGUGGUCGAGGUGGUCGAUCGGGCGAACGUCGCGCCAAGCCGACCGUCGAAUCGCUCGAUGCCGAGAUGUCGGACUACCUCGCUCAAGCUUCCAACGUCGCUGCUCCCGCAGCUUGA